AUGCCUACUCAUGCCAUUCGUCUCGCUCGUCUUUUUACGGCAGAGUAUGCUCGAAGGGUUAACAUGCAAUUAGUUAGUCCCGCCGCUACACAGGUUAUGAGGCCACAGGCACUGGAAUCCGCAUUGGCGCGUCCUCUCAUUGCGUCGGUCAAUGAACCCCAACGUCCAGCCGCGCAUUUAGCGGCUCAGCUGUCGCAUAGUAUUAUUACAGAACGCCCGUUUCUUCACGGCAACAAGAGGACCGGCAACCUACAAGCAGCAUUCUUCCUUGCCAAUGAAUACAUACGUGCUCGAGGCACACCAGGCCUAGCCGAUGAAGGCAAAGUGGGCGUGGUCUACGCACAUGUGGCGCAACUGGCAAACCGUCAAAUAGAGGCCGCAGCAAGCAAGCUGAUGAGGUAA